AUGGAGCUUACAGAAUUUAUAUCCGUGGCUUGGAGAUGGAUUGCUUGUAGCUAACGGUGAAAAAUGGGCGCGAAACAGACGUCUGCUUACUCCCGCCUUUCACUUUGAGAUUCUGAAGCCGUACAUGAAUGUAUAUAACCAGUCUGGUGAUGUGUUUGUCAAAAAGCUUGCAGCUCAAGCAAAAUCCAAUGAAAGAUUCGAAGUAUUUCAGCACGUCUGUAUGUAUACAUUGGAGGUUAUAUUAAAAUGUGCGUUUUCAUACAGCGAAGACGUUCAAACAGCGGGUGAUUCUAACGAAUACGUAAACACAGUGAAUAGAAUAACAGACGCUGUGACAUACAGGUUCCUCAAUCCGUUGAUGUACUUUGAUACCAUCUGGAACCUGAGUUCAAUCGGACGACAAUUUAAGAAAGAUUGUAAUUUUGUUCAUACAGUAGCCGAGGAAGUAAUUGACAAUAGAAGAGAUGCUUUGAAUAAACAAGAUAGUACCAAAGGCAGCCGAUACACUGACUUCCUAGAUAUUCUGUUGACAGCAUGUGACGAAGACGGACAAGGUCUUACAAAACUAGAGAUACGGAAUGAAGUGGAUACUUUCUUGUUCGAAGGUCACGACACAACAGCCAGUGCCAUAUCAUGGAUCUUGUAUUCUUUGGCAGAGCAUCCUGAAUGUCAACAAAAAUGUCAGACUGAGAUAGAUGAGAUACUUGCAGGCAAGGAAACAGAUGACUUAGAGUGGUCUGACUUAAGUCACCUAGAAUACCUGACUAUGUGUAUAAAGGAAGGAAUGCGUCUACAUGCUCCGGUUCCGGCUAUAACACGAGACAUCACUGAAGACUUCGAUCUAGGUGAUAGAGUUGCACCUAAAGGGACAACGGUCAUCGCAAAUAUUUGGGUAUUAAACCACAUGGAAACUAUCUGGGGCCCAGAUCACAUGGAAUUUAAGCCAGAACGAUUUUCGAAGGAAAACAUUGACAGAAUUGAGCACUUUCAAUAUGUUCCGUUCUCUGCAGGACCAAGAAACUGUAUCGGACAAGUAUUUGCCAUGAAUGAAGAAAAGGUUAUCCUGACAAAGCUACUUAGAAAUUUUACAUUUCGUCUUGACCCAUCACAUACAGUAAAACGUAAAAUGUCCUCUGUCAUGAGAACACAGAAUGGAAUGUACAUGUUUGUUGAGAAACGAAGACUUGAAUAAAUUUUAGACAUUGGAAAAAUGACAUUUCUGAUUGCUUUAUUGUUAUCUUAUACAAUGUUUAUGGCAUCUAGUUUUAUAUCAUUCGGACUUAUAAUUGAAUUUGUUCUACCUAUGAAACAUAUGCAAUAUAAAUAUUAAGACAAUUAAAAAUUGGACAACAUUCAAACGGAUGUAAUCACAGCUGGCAGGAACUGUCAAUCAUUGCUUCAUUUUUAAUUUUUCACUGGAUUUGAAAAAAGUCCAUGAUAAAAAAACAAUAAAUAAAAUAAAGUAAAAACAAAACCCACAAGUAUACGAACAAACGAAGAAAUAUAGAAAAGAUAAAUAUGGUUGAAUUGUAUUCUAUGCCUCUACAAUUUUAAAUGAAUCAUGAAUAAUAAAUCACUACUGCAA